AGGUAUCCACUGACUGCUUCAAAGUCCGUACGACAGCGCGCGACCCGGUCGCCUUGCCGAUACUUCUCCUGUCUUAAUGACAGUUUGGGAAUGUUCUUUGGAAAGUUGUGAUUUGUGUUUUAAAACCAAGGAAAAUGUCUUCUAGAUAUAUUGAAGCUGCUAAGGACGGUUUUACCGAUGUGCUACGGGAGGCCCAAAGGAAGGAUCUUAACGCUAUUGAUGAAGACGGUAUGACGGCAACACACUGGGCCGCCAGUAGAGGAAUGCUGGAGGCUCUUCGCAUGAUCGUUGGACGAGGAGGCGAUGUCAACAAGAGCGACUACCAGGGCUUCACAGCUCUUCACCACAGCGCCAGGUGGGGCCAUGUCGACGUCGUCAGCUACCUCAUCAACUGGGGUUGCAACCUCUUUGCACUCGACAACGAUCAUCACUCUGCCAUGGAUCUUGCAUCACUGUAUGAAAAACAUGAGGUUGUUCGUCUUCUUGAUACUUCUUGUUCACAGCAACAAAUCAAAAACCCCAAAAUCGUUGCCAAAUUGAAAGAGGAAGCUUUGAAGAAUGCUGAUAGAAACAUUAAACGAUACGAAAAACUUCAAGAAGAGGCUGAAAAGCGAGCAGAAAAAGAACAACGGAAAUUAAACAGCAUGAAUAAUGAUUUCAAAGCACCUGAAAAGAAAUCCAUUUUCAAAACAUUGACAGUGAAGUUACGUGGUGGAGCAAAUGCCAAAAAUAGACCGGGUCCUGCGUAUGGCAAGAAGUACUCGGACAUGGCGGGCCUCACGUACGGGACUAGAACUGGGGUAGCUAAGAAGGUUCUGCAGAAGAAGAUAACAAACCCUUUGUUUGAAGAUUCAUCUUUCAAGACGAGCGAGGUUGAUGGGUCAGGUAAGCGGACUGUGAAGUCCCUGGAUGGAGUACAGGGUAUCCGUGGGGCUUCAGCCGAGGUGAUGUACAUGACGAGCCGUGGCGAACACUCUGCAAAUGAGGUCAGCAGCUCGCGACCUGCAGUGUACGAAUUAUUUGAUCCAAACAAAAGCAAUUUGAGUAAAUCUUACAAAAGUGAGUCUGAUCUCUUAGUAGACUCAGGCGUAGAUAGCUACUUCAGUGACCAUGAGGAUGAGGAGGAUCAGCCUGGACUAUUGUACCGACCUGGCUUUGGGCAGACGUCAUUCUUCAGGAAGAUUAAUCCUGCAAUGUCCACAUUACAGUCUUUCGAAACAGGAGGUGAUAGAACGAGUGGGAUGAUGAAUGGUGUCAAUGGGGGAUUUGAUGACCAGGAGUUGACAAAUGGCCAGGGUGGAGAUGCUGACGUCAUCACUGCCAGAAUGCAGGAUCUUCCUUGGGACCAAGAUGACCUUGAAAACCUGGAUGAUGACGAUGAGGAAAAUGAGUAUUCUUCCUUGGAAAUGUUCCUGAUGUCUGCUGGGCUUCCAAAUUACAUUUCUCAUUUUACUAAAGAAAGGGUUGACUUGGACUUGUUGAUGAAAAUGUCAGACGUUGAAAUGAAGGAAGUAGGGUUGCCAUUUGGGCCGAGGAAAAAGUUACUCGAAGCUAUGGAGCGUCGGAAAAAGGUGCUUCAAACCCCUGUUGACAUGACUGACUCGUUCUUGUGAGGAUGUUGAAGUCUAGAUCAAUAUUUAAAAAUUAUGCAUCAUAUGAAUGUUUACUUUGAUAAGCAAUACAAAUAUACACAUAGACAAUUAACAGAUUUUGUGAAUGGUGCCUAAAUAUGUUGUAAGGAUUGCAAAUAUGUGACACUAUUUUUGUAUGUAGGAAAGAUUUUUAAGGGAUUGAAGACUAGCAGUGAGCAACAAGUGCUGACCAUUAAUGCAGACAUGGAGUGUUUUGGAAAGGCAGCUUCCCUGUGGCUCACUGAAGGCAGUUGGAUAUGUGCCUUUAUUCACAAGGAUGGACACUUGCUUCAUAGUUUGGGCUUGAAAUUGUGGUGAAUAUUUAAUUUCGUCUAUAGGAAAUGUGAAAAUUAGAACUAGUGAAAGUUCGAACACAAUUUUGUUUUAUGUUGUAUUGAAUUUAUGUUAUGCAGAUAUUUGUUAUUGUAAUUCUUUCAGCAUUACACCAGUACAUUUAAAGAAGGAGUACAUCAUACAGGUGAACAAUAUUCUUCGAGUGAUUUUAUUGUUUGGAUUUAAACAUUAUCAUAUGUUUGUGUAGAUCAACUGAAAGAGUAAGGAUUUUUUGUUAUUGAGAUAUUUAUUAUUCACAUUGUAAAAUAUUCAUUCCCAAAUGUGGUACCUCCUUUCUGUUUUUUGUCAAAAGCGUUGGGAUGAUGAAUGUUUCUAUUUAGAAUUUUGUUAUUGAAACAUGAAAAACUCAUAGAUGAUUCACUGCUAUCAUUUACAGUAACCCAGAGCUUCAAACCUGUAUAUCCCAUGGCAUCUAGAGUAAGUUCAUCCCCCCAAAACACCUGCAUAUCAGUUAUACAAUGUGCCACAUGUCUACACAGGAUAAUACCUUACCAUUACCUACCAUAUGGAAAAUGGCAUUCUUUGCAGGUACAGUGUGGGAAUAGCUGUUUUCAAUUCUUUAUUGGCCAACUUUUGAUACCCAGAAAUAGCAAAUGUGAUAUUUAUCAGUCUGAUAUUUUGACAUGACAAGGAGUAAGUUUUUCUUAUUUCUUCUCCUAAAAUGUGUAUGUUUAUACAGUUGUAUAACUCUUCAUGUUAUGAUUUAACAUGAAGGGAACAAGUUCUAUACUGCUCAAAAAAAGUCCAGGAGCACCCAAUUCUUUCAUUUUAGUAUGGCUAAUCUUUAAUUCCCUAACAGAUUAACUAUAGUAAUAUGAAAGAAUUGGGUGUUCCUUUUCUUCUUUUGAGUAGGAUAUUACAUACUGGAAUAUAAAACAACAGCGUUACAUAGAGGAAGGAAGUCUUGUUUACUCCAUGUUUUUCAGAUGUAUGGUGUAGUCUAGCAGGCCCAUCGUACUGUUGGGAAUAUACACCUGGAAAACAGUUAGGCACCGGCCCUUAUGAUUUUCAUAUAUCCCGAUCUUCCAUGAGCCUUAUUCAGUUAUAUGUAUAUGUAGCAGGUCAUGGAGGCAUCCCACAGAUGACAUCCUUACCUUGUCAGCUAACCCCUUUGGUCAUGUUGACAUGGCGUCCGACCUCGGAUCAGAAGGUCAGCGGUUCAAAUCCCAUCACAGGACUCAUAAAUUUUAUGGCCGCUACACAAAUAUGACAUAGAUCUCUUUUUAAUUGAAAGAGGCACAACUUUUUUUCCAUAGUCAUAAAAAAUCUUGAGUGGAUUGUUCAAUUCAAAUUAUGUCAUAAGCAUGUGUUUAUGAAUCACUAUCAAAUAGUGUUGCCAGGUAUUCGCGAAAAGGUGAGCAUAUCCUGCUCCACCGUCGGCAGCCGUCACUAACACAUGCAAAGAAAUGUCUAGGAUAUGGUGACAGUGGCUGAUGUUAAUACAAACCACUGCAUGUUCCUCCAGAUGGUCGCAGUACUAAGUCAUAUGGUGCAUGGGACAGAGGAUGCAGGUGACAGGUUGCCAAGUAACUGUGCCAAGGAGCAUCUCGUUAGAUUAUAAGAUUUUGUGUGUAUUUGAAUAUGAGUAUGUUACUUCGUAAACAAAACCAAAUGUUUUUCAUCAUAUUGGGUCAGUUUAAGAAAAUGUCUAUUUGUUAUGGAAAUAUGUAGGAAGCAGUGCACAAGUUUUUUCACGUGUGUACAUACAUAUGAAUAUCACACAUAUGGAGAUUUGUGGAUCACUUGGAGACGUACUGUCUUCAUAGACAGGGUUUCCAUAUGCUGGGCACAAACAGGGUCAACUUGGAUGAGUAAUUUGCAUAAAACAAACAUUGCAACAAGGUGAUAUGUGUUUUUUGACCUCAUGAACAGAUGAAAUGAACGACCCGUCAUGAUCACCUUCCCACUUAAACACAUAGCUUAUUACUAACAUGUGUAGGAGUCUUGGCAGGGAGUAUCAAAAACAAAAUGUCUAGAAUGCCUUGUUUAAUCUGAGAACAUUAAAACAUCAGCAUUGUUUGCACAUUUGUGAAACAUUUGAUCAGCAGAUUCACAAGCCAAGCAAUAAUGAAAGAAAUGUUUUGUUUAUCCGACUUUGUUUCGUGUGAGGUCAAGUCAUGAAGAUGAAGGGCUCUGCCAGGAGACUAAGUUACUAUUGUUAGAUGUCAUGGAUCCCUUUGCAUCCCCAGCAACCCAUGCUAGGGGUAUGAGGUCACCAAAUGGAUUGGGGGGUCAGGCUCGGUGUCUUCAUUGGUUGCGUGUCAUCAUACCCCAUCAAUGUGGAUCGUUGCUCACAAUAUCGAUCUCUGGAUUGUCUGGUCCAGACUUGAUUGGUUAAAGCCUGCCAUCAUAUAGCUGAAAUAUUGGUGAGUGCAGCAUUAAACAACAAACAAUAUCCAGUUGCUGAGUUAUGAAGUUUUGCUGUAUUUUGUUCUUUUUCAUUUCCAUUUUGACAGUUCUAUUCAGGCAAUUCAUGGGCUUUCUCUAUAUUAUAUGACAUAAGGUUCUUUGAUGCAUUUAAGCAUUCAUACAGCUUUCUCUUGUAUUGUUAUAUCAAACAUCAAUUCAGUUGUUAUUAUUAACAACCAUUUAAAUGACCAAUCUUACAUGUAGCAUUGACAGUAAUUAGACUGAUUAAAGUGUUUGGCAUUUCCUGUGUUAUUACACAUACAGUUUCUAUGACAAGGAAGGAUGUCAGAAUUAGUGACUGAAUAUGAAUUAUUGUAUCUUUGAAAUCAUUUAAAAAAAAUUAAUCAAGGAUUUAAUGUUUUGGUCCCCCAGAGUGUGUGGUUGGAUUUUGUGUCUUUUGUAACAUUUAUUGAUAAAACCGUUUCCUCAUGACAAAAGUCAAAGAGUGCAAGAUAGUUUGUCAAGGGCCUGACUAAAUGCUACAGCUUCUGUCUCUGUAAUACACCUCGUAUUGUCCUGACAUGUGACCAUGGAGUAUGGUGUAGCAGUUGUCUCCCUUGAAUGACCAUUAAUUGUAUGUGCCAGUCCAGUGACCCUCACCAGUACACACACAUAGAUGUAUAAUGACAUCAGUUCAGUAUAGCAUAAAAGAAUCCUUCUAAGUCCAAUAAGAAUAGGUGUUCAAAUUAUGCCUAGAAAAUUUGAUAUAACUACCUUUGUGUUGGGAAGGGCUAAAUUGUGAGAUUUCAACCAUUUUGUUAAGUUAAGUGAAAGGUAUUAAAAAGGGUAUAUAAGUCUAUUGACAUAUAAUUGUUAUCAAAGUUACCUCCUAUUUCUGAAACAAAACAUCUUAAAUUGGAUAAAAAGGAGGGUAGGGUUUAAAGUGAGUCGAGCUGUGAUAAUGUUUCAUUGUUGAUUACAUAUGGUCUUGCAUAGAUGCUGUUCAGUGGAUGCAGGUAUGUAGUAUUGUAUCAUGAUACUUAGUCUCUGAAAUGAUACAUCUAUAUUCUAUUUAACAAGGACUAUCAUCAAGUGAUCUAUACCCAAGUUUGUUCUCAAUUUGUGCUGAAAAAGGACCAAAAUGUGUUGAUAUGCUAUAAGAAAUAUCUGAGCUCAAAUAUCUAAGCCUGGUAUAUAUGGUAAAGCGUGCCAAACUUCAUUGUCAUGUUAUGACCUGCUGUUCUGAUAUACUAGCUUCUAGGUUGUUCUGGUUCCUCCUUAGGGAACCAGUAUCUCGCUGCACUGUUAACAUGAUAGAUAUAGAAAUAUGUUUAUUUAUAAAUAAAUGUUUUAUGUGUUAUAACUUUAUUGAUACAUGUAAGGCCUCUUGGUGCACAAGAAUUCUGAAUAUAUAUGACAAAAAUAUUAAUAAAAAGAACUGGAAUAAGUUGUUAUCCCAAUAUUACUGCAGGGACUAUAUGAGUAUGAUUGUGUCAUAUGAUUUAAAUGAAGCAUUUAAUGUAUUAUUCCAGUUGCCAAAACUAUAUCCUGUUUUUUCCUAUAUCUAUAGCUUCAAGAAAGGCCAACAUAAACAUAGUAGUGUAGACUUUAGAAAAAUUACUCUUAUGUAUCUCACAACACUCACAAUGUUUCUUGAGAUUCAUUCACAGAGGUGACAGAGACUGGAUGUAGGUCUAAACAGUAGGGGGAUUGGGGGUGGUUGGGGGGUUUAGGAUGCAAUUCAAUAUGGCUGCCAUGUUAUUUUUCUCUUAACAAAACCUAUCCUUAUUGCCUCUGGAGGUGAUGCUUUAAAGGGGAGAUGUUCACCACAAAACUGCUCAUGAUACACAUAUCUGAAAUGGAAUAUGUGAUUUUGGGGGUACAAAGAGUUGUUUUAUUAUAAUUUUUGUGCAAUCCAGUUUUCAAUCAAAUUUGUUUUAACUAGUAAGUUUCAGUUUUGAAUGUAAGAAUGUGACAGAUCCGUUCAACAGUCCUUCUAAAUGGUCAAUGCAUUUUUGGUAGUGUUAUUUAUUGAGACUUCAAAGAACUACUUUUUAAUUUGGAGGGUGAAGUCAAAUACUGACUUGUCUAAACAGUUUAUGAGGAAAUGUUGCAGCCUUUUUAUUUAAAGAAUUUGUUUAGGGUUAAGACUCGAUUGACAGCAGGGUGAAUCUCAGGGGCAGAAGUGAAGAACAAUGGAACAUUAUUUGCCUAAACUUGACUCAAAUAUCAAUCAAUGUGACGGUCCCUUUACCUUUUUAUAAUAAAGCGCUUUUAUCAGUUUCAUUCUUUUCAUUUCUAUUGAAACAGGUUCAACAAGAUUCUGACAUUAAUUAUAAACCUGUUUAAUAUUUCUCAAACAUGACACUCGGUUUUGGCCAUAACCCUGGAUCCUGUAUGUUAGAUCCAAGCUUAUGGAAUAACCUUGCUCAGAGAGCCCCUUUAAGAUACAGGGCUGAUAAUGUAAUCAACACCAAACUAUGGGGAUACAUUAAUUGUGUCACUUCUCUGAGGGGGGCUACAGGUGUCUGUCUGUACAGAUUAUGUGUGUUGCAGUUCUUGAGGUGUAGCUCGGAACAGCUGGUCAGGUGGCACUUGGUGUGUUCCUCUCAAGGCUGUGAUGAGCGCUUGUGAACCUGGAACUAUAGCUGUAUUUAUGACUAUUACUCAGACAGGCUGUAUGUUGAAAUCCAAUCAACUGUAUCAUUGUAAUCCUCGGAUGAAACUCUAAGUCAAAUUCACUGUUGAUUUUUGUGUCCAUUAAAUUAUGAUCAAAUCA